CGCAGUCAAUGUUACGGAUUAAUAAGUAUGUACUAGUACAACGUAUCUCAUUUGUUUCUAUGGCGCAUUCAUCUUUGCAAUUGCGUUUCCACGCCAGGAGAUGGCCAUAAAAACUGUUUUCGUUUGCUCUCUGCGAGAUUGUCCUCCCCUUGUUCUAAUUUUGAUCAUUUUCCUGUUCGAGAUGGGCAAGCUGGGCCUCUAUCCGAGGCAGCUACUGAUGCCCACACUGUCAAGGCUGAGCCGCAUGAUGCUACUCCGGAAAAAGAGCGCCCGCAUUCUCGACCAAACGAAGCGGAAGGUGCAAAGGGAGCUCGAUCUUUUGCGCACGCGACGACUUGA